GCUUUAUAUAUCUAUUAGGUUUGUGUUCAUUUGGUUUGGUUUCUGAAAUUUUCCUAGGUUAACUCGCGUACGUAAUCACGAUACUGUAGAUGGAGAGCAUAACGAAGUGGGACUUGGGAUCACUCCGAACUUAUUACUCCAUUGAACCUUGGGAGAAGUUUCAAGAAGAGGAGGUUCUAGACAUUAGCCUUGUUCCUCAACUUCAAGGGGAGUUAUGGAAGGCUCAAUCGAGAAUCAAAGAGCUCGAGGCCGAAAAGUAUGGAUCGUGUUUCAUAAGAAACCAAAGAUUUGAGAGAGAAAAAACUACUGAUCCAGCUGUUGACUACUUGAAGGAGAAGUUAAGCAAAGAGAGGGAAGAAAUGAAAAGAGCUAAAGCUGAGAAUUCUAGGUUAAAGAAGAAGAUUUUGAAUAUGGAAUCAUCAGUGAAUCGGUUGAGAAGAGAAAGAGAUACAAUGGAGAAAGUGUGCGAGGAACUGGUUACAAGGAUAGAUGAAUUGAAGGCGAAUGCAAGGAGGAUGUGGAACGAGACUGAGGAGGAGAGGGAAAUGUUGCAGAUGGCUGAGAUGUGGAGGGAGGACAGGGUUAGGGUUAAGUUCACGGAUGCCAAACUUGCCUUGCAAGAAAAAUACGAGGAGAUGGACUUGUAUGUAAAUGAGUUAGAGAAGUGUUUGGAGAUGGCGAAAGAAGUAGGAGGAAUUGAUGAGAUGAGGCUGAGGAGAGGUGAAGGUUUAAUAAAGAUUGCGAGAUCUUUGGAACCUAUAGAUGAUAAGAUUAGAUUCUGAGAGAUUUGAGUUUGUGUCUGAUGGAGAUAUUGUUCAUCAACACUAAUGCAAUGUGU